CCACUUAAAAAAAAAAAAGCCCUUUUCAUAUUUUGAUUUUAAUGGACCCAGAAAUCCAGAGGUUCUUUUUAAGGGAAAAUAUCGAGAGAUUUUUGAAUCAGCCGAAUUUUGAACUCAAGUGUGUACAUAAAUUACUUUAGUGGGGUUAAAGAUAGGAGCCUAUAAAUACUUUUCUCAGCCAAAAUCAGAAACACACAAAUCAAAAUUUAUAUUCAUAGCUGUGACUGUGAGGAGAAGUACUUCCACUCCACUGUACCCAAUCUCAGUGAGUCAGAACACCUAUUCCCAUCUUUCUCAUACGUACACAACUUUCGAAAGAAUCUAAUUUUAUGUCGAUUCUUCUUAUUUAAAUUGACUGAAUUGGUGCUUCUACAAACAAAGAAGAAGAAGAGAGAGCAUUUGGAGUUUGGAUAUUUGGUUACAGAUAUACAUAUUUUCGUUCCGUCAUAUUCUGGGUGGCUUAUUUGACCAAGGUUUUGAUGUAUUGAUUCCAAAACAGAUAGCUUCUUUUCCAUUGCUGCUAUAUUUCAGUUGCUAUAGUGUUUGGAUUGUAGUUUGAUUAUGGAUGGAUGCAUGGUGUCUGUAGGUCAAGUAGGAAGCUACAGCGAGCACCAUGACAAAGGAAAAGUUCAGUCCUCCCAACAUUGUUAAGUCAAACAGCGCUUUAACACUGGCUGAACAAUGGGUUAGCAAAAUGACUAAAGCUGUAGAUGAUGAACAAAAUGAAGUAGAGGGACGACAUCCCAGGCUUGGCUUGGGUGCCAAAUUUUCACGCCAAUUCAAUGUUGGACCAUUAUCUGAUCCCAUUGAACGAAAACUCUUUGCCAAAUUGGAUACUCGAACUAAACGUACCGAGGAGUCUAACUUAGCUACUAAAGAUGAACUUAAUGAUGACUCUGACGAUAGUGAAGAUACAGAAAGCAGAAGCCAAGUUUUUAACAAGAAAAGAGCAGCAACUCCAAUGAUGCCAUCUGUACAAACAAAGAAAAAGAAGAAGUGACUCUCAACUUCAAAUUUUGUGCGCUGUCUUUUGAAAAAAAUAUGCCAACUUUCUUAUACGUGUAAUUUAGUGGAUCUAGUAAAUGAGGUGAGUUAAAUUCCACACAAUGAUAAUUUAUUUAUCAUUGUUCUCCUUGACAAAGGAAUGUUUAGUUUCUUGUUCUUGAUGUCUAAGUAUGUAAGAAUUUUGAAAAGCAACUGAAGGCAAUGUCAUCAUUCUUGACUUUUGAUCAUUCUUGACUUUUGAUGUAAAAAUUGAGUGUGUUGUUGAUGGCAGGGACUAUGGGAAUAGCAAGUCUUUGCAGAGCAUUAUGAAACUGUAACAAAUAUCAAUAUCCCUAUAUACAAAUAUGCUGCAAUUAUCAUUAUCA